AUGGCAGCGGGUCCAACCAUCCCUAGUACAACAACCACAACAGGAACAAACAACAAUAAUAAUAACAGUAACAACCACCACCAUCACAACAGCAAUGCAACCUGGGCAUUUUUGCCCAGUAUCCUGGUGGUCGACAUUCUUUCGUAUCUUUCGCUUGAGGACAGGAUCCGUGCCAGCACGGUGUGCAAACGCUGGCGCUGUUGCCUCUUCCACCCGUCUUUGUGGCCGCGGCUCGUCCUAGAGCUCGGCUCGGCUGUCCGCCGACGAAGAUCUAAAUUCCUGGCGGCCCGAUGCGGCCGCUUUGUCCGACAGACAGAAAUUGUCUUUGACUCGCACAAUAUCAAUCAGGUGAGGGACUGUCUCAAACUGCUCCAUGUGGUAGCCACAAACAAGAACACACAAUGCUUCACACUUCGUCCCUCUGGCUGCCAGAUCGAGUGGCCAACCACUAUGCCCCCCAAUAACAAUGUGAAUAACAGCCAUCAUAGCAACAAUGUGAACUGCGACGAAAUUAACAACAAUGACGAUGACGAUGCUGACAGUAAUGGCAAUAGUGACGAUGGAGGAGGCUCAUCAGCUGCUGCGAGUAAUCAUGCAGUUGCAGCAACAUCCUCCUCAUCAUCCAUGGAGCCCCCUGUUCACACAAUCGACCAAUACCUUGACAAUAUAGAAGCCUUAAUCAAGAAUAGCCGGCACUUACAGCACUUUGCCCUUGGCUGUGUGGAAGAGCUUUUAGAGCAUUCCAAUGUAAUUGUCAACCUGUUAACUCAACACCAUGCAUCCACACUGCAGUCGCUGCAUCUGGCCAGUGUGAAAGAAGACUCUGAGAGUUAUGGCAUCAUUGAUCUAAAUGCAAAUGACUUUUGUCAUUUUACAGCACUUCACAGUCUAAGUCUUGACUAUGACUACCUGACCAAUGACCUACUACACAUUUUUCUAGACUCAAAGAAGACCAAACUAGAAGUCCUGGUCAUCAAUGUCCAUGGCAUUGAUGCUGACCAUGAAGUGAUCACAAAUGAGACUUGGCGCCGGCUACGCAACCAUUCGCCCGACCUAGAAGUGACCUUAAAUUUGAUUCACUCCUUUGAAGGCGUUGCCGUACUCCUCGAUAUCCUUCAGCCUUCAAUGCCUCUUGCCAAGUUCCGGCAGAUGUUCUGCUCCAAUAUUAAUAUUGCAUCCAUCAGUUUCAUAUCGUCGCACUACAAUAACACCCUGAAGGAAAUACACAUCAUUGAUGGUUUCAUUAAUGGGGACCCCAACAUCUAUGAAAUUGAAGCUGAUGAAGAUCCAUUUGUGAUGCUUGCUUGGCGUUGUCCAAAAUUGGAACAUUUCACAUUAAUUGGAUAUCAGGCUUGUGAUGAUGAUAUGGUGGCUAUAGCUAGGUUACGUGGCCAACAGUUGAAGACUUUUGACAUUCCUGCCAGCUGCAUCUAUAGUCUUCAUGAGGAAGAGGAAGUUGCAUGGCUUAAAUUUGGCUCUUUUGAUGGAGAAUUUUUCCAAAAGGUGUCUGAAAGCCUUGGCCGUGACUGGCUACCACUGAAGAAUAGCCAGCUUCCUGCUGCUGUGUUAGAUGCACAGGCAGAUGCAGAACCUGCCUACAUGCAUAUUCUAUUGGACGACCAAGCAUGGAAAGGCAGGAACCAACGUUAA